UAGGACGGUACCUGUCUGUGGAGAGCGCGUCAUGCGGACUCGGAUGUCGCGCACUAGAAGCCAUUAAAACCUGUAGGCUGGAGCUGACAGAUCAGCGGAUAUGGGCUCUGCUCUGCGGUGUCGCUGGCUAGUAGUCCAACUCCUGAUGCAGGUGUGGCUGGCGGCAAAUCCAUCUUUGAGUGAGCGCCCAUGCCCCAAGAGCUGUCGCUGUGAUGGAAAAAUUGUCUACUGUGAGUCAAGCGCCUUUCGCGAUGUCCCCAAGAACCUCUCAGGAGGCUGUGAAGGCCUGUCUUUACGGUACAACAGCCUUGUCAGUCUUCGCGCAGGUCAGUUUGUAGGCCUCAACCACCUCAUCUGGCUCUACUUGGACCACAAUUACAUUGCCUCUGUGGAUGGAAUGGCCUUUCAGGGGGUCCGCAGGCUCAAAGAGCUGAUUCUGAGUUCCAACAAGAUCACGUCGCUCCACAACACCACAUUCCACCCUGUCCCUAAUUUGCGAAAUCUGGACCUGUCAUAUAACAAACUGCAAGCCUUGCAGCCUGGGCAGUUCCAGGGCCUGCGGAAGCUUCUCAGCCUUCACAUACGGUCAAACUCUCUAAAAACCGUCCCAGUGCGUCUGUUCCAAGAUUGCAGAAAUCUUGAGUUCCUGGAUCUGGGUUACAACCGCCUGCGCAGUAUCACUCGGAAUGCAUUUUCAGGCUUAGUAAAGCUCACUGAGCUGCAUCUGGAGCAUAACCAGUUCUCAAAGAUCAAUUUCUCUCACUUCCCUCGCCUCUACAAUCUGCGGGCACUGUACCUGCAGUGGAAUCGCAUUCGCUCAAUGAACCAGGGCCUAACCUGGACUUGGGCCUCCAUUCAGAAACUGGAUCUGUCUGGAAAUGAUCUGAUGGAAGUAGAUGCUGUAGUUUACCAAUGCUUACCCAACCUGCAGACCCUCAAUCUGGACUCCAACAAGCUGACAAAUGUCUCCCAGGAGGUAGUUGAUGCCUGGAUCUCUUUGACUACGAUUAGCUUAGCUGGGAAUGUAUGGGACUGUGGCCCUGCCAUCUGUCCUCUGGUGGCCUGGCUGAGAAACUUCAGAGGGGCAAAGGAGACCACGAUGAUCUGCGCCUCCCCCAAGAAAGCCCAGGGUGAGAAAGUGAUGGAUGCUGUCGAUGCUUUUGGUGUUUGUCAAUCAAACCCAGCAACAACGCUCACUGCAAGUUUUCCUCCAACCCCAUCCAGCAUCCCUGUGCAGACUGAACGCCGCCCAGCCAUUCUGGCUUCACCUACUGGUUCUGGAAAGAGAGGAGAGGGGUCUAUCAGAGGCCCCACAUUGUCAGAUGUUACCCCAACUGUGGCUCUUCCCCCAGAGCAAGACUUGGAGCCUGUAUCCUUCCAUAAGAUUGUGGCUGGAAGCGUUGCUCUUUUUCUAUCAGUCGCAAUGAUCCUGUUGGUAAUCUACGUGUCUUGGAAGCGUUAUCCUAGUAGUGUCAAGCAGCUGCAGGAGCAUUCGGCAGCAGCCCGCAAACGCCGCAAGAAAGCUAGAGAGACGGAGCGCACCCUGAGCUCUCCACUGCAGGAGUACUAUGUGGACUACAAGCCCACCAAUUCUGAGGCCAUGGACGUGCUCGUGAAUGGGACCGGACCCUGCACCUAUACCAUCUCAGGCUCCAGAGAAUGCGAGGUCCCCCACCAGUUGGGCGCGCUGACCUUCUACCGCUAUGAACAGCCUAUCGUUGACUACUGCCAGGCCCAUCAACCCCUGAGGCUCAACAUGGGCUAUGAGGGACCUCCACAGGGCAUGGAGGGCCUGGGGGACCUGGGGCCGUGUGAUAGGGGCACUAUUCAGACAGUAGCGCUGCCUGCCGUGCCCUCUGCUGCCAGCAUGGGUGCCCCCUUGCCAGGGCCUCGCUCUCCUCCGCUACCCCUCAGACCACCGACUGAAGGUCCCAGCGGCGGCCCUUAUCCACCCGUUGAACGCACCGGCACACUCAAAUUCGGACGCUAGCGAGCCGAGUCUGGUCGUUAGAAGUGGGGCAAGGGCCUCCGAUUCACCGUGACUUUGUAAUAAAGGGGCAGGCGAGCUGGUUAUUCAGUGGGGCCUUGUUUUCAGAACAUGAGUAUGUGAACUAGAGGACAAAACUUUUCUAAUUCUGCCUGGAGGGAUUUGGCAUCUGAAACACACAGUCUCACUAAUAUACAGCAGAGGGUGAGACAUCCUUGCAGAUCAUUUUGAUUUCUUGUUUCCAGAGCACCUCAUUUAAAACGUGUUACUACUGAAUCAUGGGAGGUAAUCCAGCGUAUGACAAAAAGUAUUACCUUGUUUCCAAAUCUAGGUCUUUGCCAUAUUCCAUCAUGUUCACAGCAGUCCACGUGCACUGAGUCUGGAGUGAAACGGAAAGUGCAAUAAACAUGAGUUCUCCAUCACAGAAAGUGGGAGCAGUAACAUAAAACAUAAAAGAGAUGGAGCUGGAAAUCAUGUGAAGAGCAAGGGGCUUCAUACUGUGAUUAUUAUUAAAAUAUUUAGAUAGUAGUUGUUAAAAAAGGCAAAUCCAUUUAUCAUUUAUUUCACAGAGAUGAGUUAUUCUCUCGAGACAUUUUCAUAGAAUUUAUCUUUAUUUUGUCUUGCUUUCUUUUGUUUCUUUAGAUGUGGGACUUACACUUACAUUAAUGUGCAUGUCAAACCAAAGAGUUUACUUAUAUUUUUUUGUUUAAUGCACAUAAGCUACUUUAGCUGAGGGCAUUCUUAAAAUGCCAGUUGGUCUAAUAAACUAGCUUCUGCCAACUCAAAUUCACAAUUACAACCAAAUCCCCUCAUGGUUUUGGAUGAACUGGGCUUGUCUUUAAAGAUUAGCAAAGUAGCCAUGCAAGUGAGGUAGUUAAACUGAAAUCUUAGAGAUAUUUAGCAUAAAAGAUUACCUGGUCCUCCCAAACAUCAGUUUAAUUGUCAUUUAUGAUCUUGGUGAUGCUAUGAACAGCAACAACCACACAAACACUUCGGGAAGGAUAUUAUGGCAUGUUCCAUAAGUUCUUUAAACAUACGUGUACCCUUUUCACAGCAGUACGGCAGGUCUUUGUAUAUGAUUAUAUCCCAGCUGAAUGAUUCACUAUGCUUUAAAGAGGUAUUCAUGGAGAAUUUAUGUGGUAAAACAAGUACAUUUGAAUGCAAAGUAUUGUACAUAUUCUUAUAAAAGGUCCACUUUACUGAAGGUCAAACCACUCUCACUGCCCCAAACUGUCAUUUGAUACAUUGCCGAGUCAAUGUUCCACUUUGAUCACACUGGACAAUUUGGAGAGCAACAUCUUGCUGGGUUGGAAAAGCCCUUGUGCUCCCGUCUCUCCUCAACCAUAGAGAGCAACAGUGCCUAGUGGGGGCAUGUUGAACCAGCACCUUGACUCCUCUUUAACCUGCGUAUGAACCAAUGGACAGUACGUGUGUGGGAAUAUUGCCUGACAUCUCCCUUUUUUUUCAGAAAGCGCGCCUGCAGUGCUGGACGUUAUUGUACUUGGUAAGCCUUUGGCAGCACUGCUACUCACUAAUUUGUGAAGCUAAUGAGGACUUCAGACACGGCAGUGAUGGCCUGUCAAAUAUCAUCUCCAGCUUAAUCCAAGCAAAGCACUGGGGUCGUUUUCUACAUGUCAGUGGUCAUACCCUCGGGAGUUUUGGAAACUGUGCUUGGUCCUCCCACGGCGAAACCGAUUGAUCCACAGAUGAAAUUUGCAAGGGGCCAAAAUUGUUCAUGAAAAGUGGGUGUAUCAAGAUAAGAGAAAAAAAUGGGAUUUUUAUUUCUGUUUUUUUCUCCGUUUUGUUAUUUUGGCUUUUUGGCUUGGAAUAUAAAAGACUUUUGUUCAAAGAUGAUGUCAAGAAAUUCUAUAAGACUAAUCAAAGGACAAAAUCGAAUAGAACUUAUUUAUCGUGUAAAUAGUGAAUCUUUAAAGAUGAAAAGAAAAAAAAAAGUAUGAACUUCACUUCUUCUGAAACACAAACUGCUUGUGAACAGAAGAGAAGCCUUAUUCACUUUCCAGUGGGAAUCUGUUAUCAAGAUGACUCUGUGAAGAGGUUCCUACUGUAACGCUCCUGUUGUUUCAAUGAUAAAUAUUUUUCUAUCUGCUCCCGUCACUAUUAUACCAUUAAACCCAAAUUAUGUUACUGAGGUUAUUUCUCAAAUCCAAUCAUUUUACUGAAUCACAGGAAGAAGGGAAGAUUGGGAGUCCUGUUAUUAUUAUACACUUCAAGCGUCAAACCUCAUAGAGAUCUGCAUUUUCUUCAGACAUGGUUCAUCUUGCAGGAGGUGGCCGUACGAUGUGUUAGGUGCAUCUCAAUCCACUCCUCUUGUUUAAAAAUUCCAACACUAUCUGCCAUUUCAAGGCCUACUCGGGGAGAAGAAGUGCGCUAUUCUUUACACCAAGAGUUUAACUUGGGAAGGAUGUUCUUUUUGAUGUGCCAUAAUUUUGUUAAAUGUUUUACCAAAAACCAGCCCCAAAACAACAAGUGACCCAAAAGUCUUCAUGGUUUCAUGACUAAGAAGGGUUCAGUCCCCUUCGUGUACAGGACAUUGCAUAAAAAAAGCAGUUGAUUCGCUCAGUACGGUUGCUUAAUAGUGCUGGUGGAGUUUACUUUGUAAUAGCAGCUGUGCCAAUGUCUUUAUAAUGGGAGCUCUCUCAAUUCUAUCCAUGUAUUGUCUUGCCUUGCUCUAUAUCACCCCUGCUAACUCCUUGGCCUGAAUUUCAUGUCUGCCUCCGGGUGACUCGGGUGAACCUGUUUAAUGAUGUUCUAUUUCUGUCCGCAUGCUGAUAUUUUGGGAAACUAUGCCUAGUUAGGGAGGAGCGCUGAACCAGAGACAAACAGUAUGGGAGAUAUUUCCUGUCUGGAAUGCCCUAGAACCAGCAGCACGUGUCACGGAGGACUUCACUGUUUUUAAAGCAACUUGUUUGCUGACCCAUUCCUGCCCCUGUCUCGCCUAAAGUACAAUUUCCUGGCACAAUAAAGGCUGUUAAACAGAGAAAAAGACCUGUGCUGGGCGCUCACUCCGGGGACAGACUUUCCUUUUUUUAAUGGCCUCCUGCUAAAGCCCAGUGCCCCAUAUAUAGUAAUUACUUCAGUUUUCAGCAGUGAUAAUAGUUCAAUUCAGUCUAAACACGACGAUCAACGCUACUUUGCCCUUCAUGUGUGAUUAGAAAAUGCUAUUCAAAUCUUUGUCUGUUCACAAUUAAAUCAACUACUAACAAGCGAUUGAUUAAUCAUGACUACCUCCCUGAUAAAAUCAUUCAGCGGAAUGUUCAAAUCCUGCUGCCAGUAAUUAUUUAGUCUUUUGUCCAUUUCUUUUUGCCAUCAGAGAGCUGGAAGCACAGGCGCUGCAUGCUAAUGAUGCAUGUUUGAGCUGAACUCCAGGACCGUCUGCGCUAGCCCCGCAUUCCCAACAGGCUUUAUUUUCUCUUCUGCCUUGUUUGUUUAUGGUUUUGUACACCCCUCUAUAUCCACUGUAAGACAUGACACAAACUGCUUCAGCCAAGCUCAGACACACGUGGCACACACAUAAGUAUACAUACGACACACACAGACAUACUCAAAUCAACUAUCAUCUUCUAAACUGUAUGUAUUAUGCAUGCUCACAUACAAACAUAAACACAUAUUUUGAACACCUUAUUUGGUUGAGAUUUCAAUUCACGCUAUGUUAAAAAUUAUCUAUUUUAUGUUGUCAGUUUUUAACUGCAGAAGAAUCACACAUAAAUACAUGUGCAC